GGGGCUCCUGGAGGAUUCCAGUGACGGCCCUGGGACUGUGUGCCCUCUGGGUCCUCAGCGGCCCUGCUCCACGUUAGGUUAAUUACGGCUGGGCCGCUCGGUUCUCCAGGUACUUCUAAUACUGCUUCUUUCAUUCAUGUUUGUUAAACAGAGGUUCUUUUGUACCCGUCGAAAGGGUGAGAGAGCUGGGGGUGUUCGGGCUGGAGGAGGCUCCGAGGAGACCUCAGAGCACCUUCCAGUGCUCUAGGAGAGUGCUGGAAAGUGCUACAAGAGGGCUGGAGAAGGACUUGUUACAAGGGCACGUAGUGACAGAACAAGGAUGGAUGGAUUUAAACUGACACAGGGAGGGUGUAAUUUUGAUACUAGGAGGAAAUUCUUCCCUGUGAGGUUGGUGAGGCACAGGAACAGGUUGCCCAGAGAAGCUGUGGCUGCCCCAUCCCUGGAAGUGUUGAAGGCCAGGUUGGAUGGGGCUUUGAGCAGCCUGGUCUAGUGAAAGGUGUCCCUGCCCACGGCAGGGUUGGAACUGUGCGAUCUUUAAGGUCCUUUCGAUUUCAUUCUGUUACAGAAUUAAAACGUUAUUUCGAAUGAAACUGGUAUCUUAUGAUUGCCGUUCUUUUGUGAGAAAUUAGACGUGUGCCAUCGCUUCACUAGAGAGUCACUUGAAAAAAAAAAAAAGAUGAAGCCUCGGGCUAGAAAAACUGCAGACCAGUGGUGGCUCAGCGCAUGCGCUGUGGUGCUGCCCGUUGUCCGCUGUGACUACAUUCCCCAGCGUGCUCCGCGGCGCCUCCGCGCAUGCUCCCUGCGCCGUGGAGAGACCCGCGGCGAUCCCGGUCGGUGGACAUGGAGGAGGGCGCGGAGAGCGGGGUGUCGGGGCCGUCGGGCGGGGACGGAGCGGGAGCAGGAACGGGAACGGGAGCAGGCGCAGGCCUGGCCCCGGCCGAUGAGGACCGGGACAUGGAGGGGGCCCCCAGCUGUUCGGGGUCGCGCUCCGUCCCUUUCGAGUUUCAGCGGAGCCGUUCGGAGUCCACCGGCGACGAGGACGACGACGACGACGAAGACGACGAGGAGGAGGAAGAGGAGCUGGAGGGGGACGCCGGGGCUCGAUUCGGGACGGAUGACGGGGAGCACGACUCAGACGACGACCGGGAGCGGAUGAUAAACCUCGCAGAGUUGACCCCUUACAUCCUGUGUUCCAUUUGCAAAGGUUACUUUAUUGAUGCUACAACUAUUACAGAAUGUCUGCACACCUUUUGUAAAAGCUGCAUCGUGAGACACUUCUACUAUAGCAACAGAUGUCCAAAAUGCAAUAUUGUUGUACAUCAGACACAGCCCCUUUAUAAUAUCAGACUGGACCGGCAACUGCAAGACAUAGUCUAUAAAUUAGUUGUCAAUCUUGAGGAAAGAGAGAAAAAACAAAUGCAUGACUUCUAUAAAGAAAGAGGAUUAGAAGUGCCCAAACCAGCUGUCCCACAGCCGGUUCCAACGAGCAGAGGAAGACCUCGGAAGGUUCUGGGCUCAGUGUUCCGGAUUCCACCGGAACUUGACAUCUCCAUACUUCUGGAGUUUAUUGGAGCUAACGAAGGCACAGGGAAUUUUAAGCCUUUGGAAAAGAAGUUUGUGCGUGUUUCCGGGGAGGCAACAAUUGGACAUGUGGAGAAAUUCCUCAGAAGAAAAAUGGAUCUGGACCCUGCUUGUCAGGUGGACAUAAUAUGUGGUGAUCACCUGCUAGAGCACUACCAGACACUGAGGGAAAUUCGUCAAGUCAUAGGAGAGAGCGCGGUGCAGGAUGGUUUACUUGUACUGCACUAUGGCCUGGUGGUAUCUCCGCUAACUUAAGGAUUGCUGGAAUAUUACAAGGCAAAAGAAUCUGAAGUCAUGGCGCUUCUUCGCUGCUGUUUCUCACCAAAGAAGCCAUCGUAUUUCCUGUGGCAGGAAGCAAGUUAAAGGAACUACCACUAACUGCUGUGUGAUUGUAAUGUAACAUCUGACUUUACCACUGUAAAAAAAUUGCAGCUUCUGUAAGUACAGCUGUAGAUGUUGCUAUGCUUCACGUUACAAAUUACUGUCUUCAGAUUUCACUCAGCUCAGGGAAUUUAAAUGCUCAGAGUAGCUGCAUUUUUUUUACUUUCUAAAACCACAAGAUUUCACAGGGUUAACAGCCUUUUUUUCCUCUUAAGCUCUGAGAUAUCUCUUGCUUUCUAAGUGUCUAGCUAGAACAGUGCUCUCAGGGAUGAUCUUCAGUGAGCAGUAUAGUGUAUUUUGGGGAGGAGACAGUCAGUUGCCUAAAAAAAUGUGUACUGUGAUCAUCUGUCUUCAGGUAUGAUUUGGGGAGAGGAAGGAAACUAGAAAUGCAGACCAAAAUAGGUAGAAAACGAUGCAGCAUAAGCAUUGGUUUUUUUGAGAAGUAGCAUUAAAUUUAGUUGUUUUUCUUGAAGAAAGACAAUUUUGUUUGCACUGGAAAUAUAUUUGCUGGUAGUUUGGCUUAUACCAAAUGGUGGAUCAUGCAUCUCUAGUCUUAAUGGAGAUGGGCUGGCUAUAAGCUGGUUAAACUAUGCAUGAAAAAAAAAGUAGCACCUCUUUCUACCUGCUUGCUGUAUAUAAAGUAAUCACUGUCAGCCUGAUUCUGCUAUCAUGAAUCUGUCAACUGGCUUGACUGUCAGGAGCAUAAAUCCAUUCACUUUAGCACAUACCUCUCUAGCAGCUGUGAAAAUGGUCGCUUUUUCCACUCUUUAUGUUAUUUAGUGCAUUGCAGUGGAAACCAGGGCUGAGUAACAUAAUACUUGCCUAUUACUACCAGAUUCACAGAGGAUUUUAGGUAACUUUAACAUACUAAAAUACUGUGGUUUGUGACAAGUCUAAUACUUCAAAUUUUCUUCUGUUGUAAGAUUUCCAUGUUUUCUUGUGCAGCAUUAUGGACCAGAGUGCUCUGUGUGUUAUGGUCUUGCUGGUCAUCAGUGUGGGGAUCCAUGAAAGCUACCAGGAGGCACCAGGCUCCCUCCUUCCCUGUAGUCUAUGUAGGGAAAAGGAGUCUCAAACCUCCAUUGUAGCAGAGAAGCAGGUGGACUCAGAGCCCUGCAAGGCAGUUAGUCAAGGGUCUGUUGAAGAUAAAGGUUGGAAGCAGGUCAUGGCACCUACCAGGAGGAAGGUUGUUCCUUCUUCUGAAAACUUAACAAGUAGGACUGACACCUUCUACAACAGGUGUGAGGCCCUGGAACUAGAAGACCAGACAGGUGAUGAGGUAGGCAAAGGUCCUUCUGGGACUCAAGGGUGCACCACCUGUACCCCACAUCACAAGCACCUCUGUUUAGAGGAGAAGAAGGGUAGUUGGUGGUUGUAGUGAGAGACUCCCUUCUAAGGGGAGCAGAGGGCCUGAUAUGCAGACCAGACCCAACUCACAGGGAAGUCUGCUGUGUCCCAGGGUCUCAGGUAAGGGACAUUACUGGAAAACUCUCCAGUCUGGUAAGCGCCUCUGAUUACUACCCACUAUUGGUUGUUAAGCCAGCAGCAACAAAAUAACAAAGAGAAGUCCAAGGGCAAUCUAAAGAGACUUCAGGGCCUUGGGGCAAUUGGCAGUGGGAUCAGGAGCACAGGCAGUAAUUUCCUUAAUCCUUCCAGUAACAAAGAAUAAUACUGAGAGGAAUAGGUAAAUCCAUCAGGUCAAUGUGUGGCUCAGAAUCUGGUGUAAGUGGAAAAAUACGGGGUUUUUUGACCAUGAGAUAAUCUAUUCAACACCUGGUCUACUGACACCUGAUGGGACGUACCUUUCUCAGGGGGGAAAAAGAGUUCUAGCACAGGAGCUGGUAGGCCUUGUUGAUAGAGCUUUAAGCCAGCUUGGAAGGGGGAAAGGGGCAAAACCAGGUUUGCCAGUAAUGAGGGAUAGGAUGUGGUGUGCCAAAACUAGAGGAAAGGAACACUAAUGGGAUCCCUGAAUCUGCUUCACGAGUUAUUGGGUACAGUGUACAACACCUGAAAUGUUUCUACACCAGUGCACGCAGCACGAGGAACAAACAAUAGGAGCUCAAAGCUUUGGCCCUUUCCCAGAGAUCUGAUAUCAAUGGCAUUAAUGAAACCUGGUGGGAUGAGUUCUGUGACUGGAGUGCCCUCUUGGAUGAUUACAGGCUUUUUGGGGGACAGGCAGAGCAGAAGAGGCAAGGGCUAUCCCUCCAUCCUUUCCAUAGCUGUAUGUGAAGGGUUGGAAAGUAUGGAGCUCACAGUUGGCAAUAGCACAGUUGAGAGCCUGUGGGUAGGAAUCAAGGGGCAAACAAAAUGCAGAUGUCACAGUGGGAGUCUGCUGUAGACUCCCAGCAAGGACAAUGGCACUGACAAAUUAUUCUUUGAGGAACUAAGGGACAAUUCCAAGGCAACUCCCCUUGUCCUUAUGGGGUACUUCACCUUGCCAAAAAUCAACUGAGGGCAUCACACAGCUGGUACAACCUGGGCCAGAAGAUUCUUAAAAAAACUGGAUGACAGCUUUAUGGAACAGGUCCUAAGGGAGCCGACUUGGAAAGAUGCCCUCCUUGAUCUGCUGCUUGUCAACAAAGUGGAUCUCGUGAGCAAAGUGGAGAUCAGUGACCGUCUUGGCCACAGUGACCAUGAAGGGAUCGAGUUUAAAAUCUCUGUUGACAGGAGGAAAAGUGCCAGCAAGACUUUGGCUCUGGACAUGGGGAGAGCAGACUUCAGGCUGCUCAGGGAACUAAUAAGUAAAGUCCCCUGGGAAAAUGGUUUUCCAGAUCCUAGGAUUCAUCAGUGCUGGUCUCAAAGGAAUACUAAGUAAGUUUCCUGACAACACUAAGUUGGGAGGAGCUGUCAACUCCCCUGAGGGCAGAAAGGUCCUGCAGAGAGACCUUGACAAAUUAGAGAUGGGCAAUCGCCAGCUGUAUGAAGUUUCACAAGUGCAAAUGGAGACUCUGCACCUGGGAUGGAACAACCCUGGCUAUGUGUACAGACUGGGGAAUGGGAGUCUGGAGAGCAGUGCUGCAGAAAGGGACCUGGGGGUCCUGAUCGGUGGCAGCUUGAAUAUGAGUCAGCAGUGCCCUGGCAGCCAGGAGGGCCAACCAUGUCCUGGGGGGGCAUCAGGCAAAGCAUCACCAGCCAGUCGAGGGAGGGGAUUGUCCUGCUCUGCUCUGCAGUGGGGUGGCCUCACCUUGAAUACUGUGUGCAGUUUUGGGCACCACAAUAUUAAAAAGACAUUAAGCUAUUAGAGAGUGUCCAAAGGAGGGGCACAAGGAUGGUGAAGGAUCUGGAGGGGAAGCUGUACGAGGAGUAGCUGAGGUCACUUGGUUUGUUCAGCCUGAGGAAGAGGAGACUGAGGGGAGACCUCACUGGGGUCUUCAAAAUCCUUACGAGGGGAAGCAGAGGGACAGGCACUGAUCUCUUCACUCUCAUGAUCAGUGGCAGGACUCAUGGAAAUAGUUGAGUCUGUGUAUUGUUUAGUUUGGAUAUUGGGAAAAGGUUUUUCACCCAGAGGGUGGUUGGGCACUGGAACAGGCUCCCCAGGGAAGUGGUCACAGCACCAAGCCUGACAGAGUUCAAGAAGCAUUUGGACAAUGCUCUUGGGCACAUGGUGUGACUCCUGGGGUGUCCUGUGCAGGGCCAAGAGUUGGACUUAAUGAUCCUGAUGGAUCCCUUACAACUCAAUGUAUUCUGAUUCCUCAUGUUGAGGUGAAACUUGUGGUUUAGUUUAUGGCCAUUGCUCCUUGUCCUGUCGCUGGGCACCACUGAAAAGAGCCUGGCACCAUUCUCUUGGCACCUGCCUUUGAGAUAUUUAUAUGCAAUGAUGAGAUCCCCUCUCAGUUUUCUCUAGACUGAACAGGCCCAGCUCCCACAGUCUCUCCUCCUGAGAGGGAUGCUCCAGACACCUAAUGAUCUUUGUGGCCUCUACUGGGCCCUCUCCAGCAGCUCCUUGUCCUUUUUGUAUGGAAGAGCCCAGAACUGGACACAGCACUCCUGAUGUGGCCUCACUAGGGCCAAGUAGAGGGGGAGGAUCAGCUCCCUUGACCUGCUGACCACAUUCUUCCUGAUGCACCCCAGGAUACAAUUGGCCCUCCUGGCCACAAGGGUACAGUGAUGGCUCAAAUAUCAGCUCCAAUGCCUUUGCUCACUGUCAGACUAGGAGGACUGUCAUCCUUUGUCUAAAGAAAGCUUUCAUGAAUCCUCCUGCAGGUCUUUACAAUAAACAUUGAGUUCUGUCUGUGAAGAUGGCACCAAGAAAAAAAAAGUCUUAUUUGAAGUAAUUCUUGUGAAAUACUUCUAAAAAUGUAACAAAAAAAAAGGUUUAGCUACAAACUCCUAUUUUACCUUUAAAGUUUGUAUAAAAGUAGUGUUUAAAAUGCAGCAGAAAUGAGAUUAUUUUGUAAACACUUUGUGAGUUGUGUUGAUAAAAAAUUAUAUAUUGUAACAGUAAAAUAAACUUU